AUGGACGAGUAUUUGCGGAGGGUCCAGAGCAGACUCGGGAAGGAAACAUCAGGUGGGGUGUGUGUGCCGCUGCUGUGCCCCCCGCACUGUGACGCUGCGUUGCCCGAGGAGACGGUGAGGUAUCUGCGGAGGGUGAAGAUCUCUCAGAGCUCGCUGGUGUGGAGGGAGGAUGUAGACCUCGUAAAGCUCCAUCACACCGGAAAACUCUCACUCACACUGCUGCGAGAUGGACUGCUAGAUAGCUCUGAGUACCACACCUUGGAGUCCAGCAUCCUGCGAGUGGUCCAUCAUGGCGGGCAGCAGGACGCAGGGGAUGAUCGGGCAUCGUCCGCGGUGUCGACAGUCGCCGGGGAGAUUCUUCAAGAGGCAUCAGAGCACAUCGGAGCAGCGCUGGGGGAGACUCUCGGAGAGGCCUUACAGCUGCAACGUGAAGCUUUGUGGAUCAAACAUGGCCGUCGUUCAGCUCAACUAGAGGAGCUCAUGAGAUCCUGGGAGCAAUGGAGUGAUGUCACUGCCGCUCAACAUGAUGUGGCAAAGCUGCAAGACUUGGAGCAUCUGCUGACUCUGGAUCUGAAGGAGUUUUCUGAUGGAGAGAUGACCAUAGCACUCACUUCAGUGACCACAGAUAAGGAGGACUGGCAUGGUUAUGUGGACGGGCUGGAAUCAUUCAGCCAUCGCCAUGGCUAUGAAGCUCUGGUGGGUCUCCUAUCCACCAAUGAUACAGUUCACCAUCCCCGCCAGCAGGUGGCUGUCUACUCUAACAACACAGAUCUCCUAAACCAGAUCUGCUGUGAGUUGGAAGAGUCUUCCAGCUGGUCUCUUUCUGGUGAAAUGGAGGCCAGGGGGGGUCUCCAGGUCUAUCACAUUCCUAUAAACACCUGCUUAACUUCCGGUACUCCUCCUCUGCUGGUAGAAGAAAUAAAGGGCCUCCUCAGGGACUUUGUCGAUCGGCGGAGCUCUGUAUUAGCCUGCCACCCCAGCAGUAGGACCUCUUCCACAGAGGGAGUGGCAGGCAGUGUCGAGUUCUCCCAGGGAUCAUCUGGUAUCAAUGACAUGGAUGGCUCUGACAUUGAGAGAACCGAGGGAGGCAGUGGAGAUGUGGUGCCAAUCGCAAGAGUGAUGACUGAUGGAGAAGAAGUCACAGGAGGGGUAGGUGCUGGUGCUGGUGGGGAGCUUGUGAGCCCCGACAGUGGUAUGACCACCAUCCGGAGCAGCCGCUCCUCCAAAGAGAGUUCGGUGUUCCUCAGUGAUGACAGCCCAGUCGGGGAAGUUAUAGCAGGAGGAGGACCAGCUGCAGGACCAGGAGGACUCUUCCUGAGAAACCCUUCUCCCCUGGGAAUGUUAUCCCUCUCACCUCCUGUUCCACCUGAGAGGAGGAAGAACCGCUGCGGCAGAAAUAAGAAUGAAAACUUAGACCUGUUUAGUUUUGACCCACUAAAUAGCAGUGACCAGUCAAUGCAAACAAGGGGAGAAUUAGCAACUUCUGGAGCGAGAGUAGAUGAAGUAGAAACAAGAGAAGGUAGCUCUAGCUUAUCAGAACUUGAUGAGCUCAGCUUGUUGGAUUUCUCUGCUUCAUUAGGUGGGCUUGACAGUAGACAUUUUUCAAUUGACGACCAUGGUCAAAUCCAUGGUAGUGACAUGACUGACACUGUGGUUCCUCCAACUCCAGUCAACAGCUUGGUAGGUAGCCGUCCACCCAGCAGUUGUGGGGUCCGGUUCUUUCCAGAAGAUGUAGUUGAAAGGAUUAAUGGCCUGCAGCACAAGGACAGUGUGUCAUCUUCAUUGUCAGAGACCUGGGAUGAACUUGGCUUUGAAACACAAGGAGCGAUGUCCUUGAGUGACAGUAAUGCCUGGAAUAGGACCAAAGGAUCUGAGAGCCCGCUGAAUAUCAUAGAGGAAGAUAGAGGGAAAGAGUCACUUGAUGAUAUGACUGAACAAAACAGCAAAGAAGAGAUCUUAAAAUCAGAAAAUGCCCAACAGAGGGGAAAGAACCUUGAGCCCCAGCUUAGUCUGAUCACUGAGCAGACUGAAUCAUACGACACCUGGAACCCAGAGUCUGUAGGUCACGAUAAGUGGAACACCAUUACCUUACAUAGUCUGCAAUUGACACCACCAGAGGAGGAAUGUAUUGGAAAAUGCAGGGCUGGUAUCAUUGGAGUGAAAGAAAAAACAUCCUCAUUGUUGAGAAAGAAAGCAACCCUAAACACUCUAACACCAGACACAUCUAAAGAAGAUGACGAAGGGGUCCAAGGGAAAAAAGGAGACAGGCAAAUGGAGCUCCUAGAUUUUUGGACAUACUCAGCUCAGAAGGGAUUUCUCAAAUCAGAUAGCGGAACCACCACGUCUUACCCUGAAUCCCUAGAUUUGUGGAAUAUGACAAUCAGGGAUGACAGUCUAUCACCUCUCACGACCCCUGACAACUUGUCUGGAAACUCAGGUUCUUUCUGUGGGGUGAUCCCAAACGUUAAGACUGGUGCAUCUGUGGAAAGUCCAGAAGGAUUCCCUGAUGGUGGAAUGGUGAUGUGGAACACCACCAUACAGGAAGACAGCUCUUCCACAGUAACAAGCCCUGAAGGACCUGGAAAUGGAAAGAACCUUAGUCACAUGGGAUCCCUGGACACCAGUGAUUCUCCAGAGACACAUGUAAACAAACAGGUAGAACAAGAAACCGCUAAAGGGGAGGAGAGAGGUAUGAAUAAAGUACUUACUCAAUCACCGGAAGAAGUGGGAUGGAAAGGUUACGAACACAAUGUGAAAAUAGUUAUAGAGGCUGCAGAAGGUACAACACAGUGUGAAGAAACAGGCGACGAUGACUUCCAGAGUUUUCAGAGCCAAGAGUGUGUCUUGCAGGACUUAGCAUCUGAACGUUCAGAAUAUGAGACUACCCCCCACCAAGGGACUGACAUGUGGGACCUACCUGUGCCUGGCAUGGUCACCUCUACUUCAGAAUAUGAAAAUUUAGCAGCUGGCCCUUGGAGCCUGCCAUCCUCCCCUGAGGCUCAUUCUAGCCCCGCAGUAGACAUGAUACAGCUUGAGGAGCAGUCUAGCCCUUUUAUAGCUGUGACAAGACCUAAUCAGAUCGAGGAGCCCAAUCAAUACCAGAAGGCUGACCCUCUGGGAAACACUGAAUCCAGAGCAGAUAUUUCAGACAAAGAACAAACGACCAACCAAGUGUUCCUUUUUGAGGGAGCUAGUGAGUUGGGUCACAUGAUUAGCAGUGAAGUAAGUUCAAAUGAGAGUAAUGAGGACCAAACAACAUCAAAGGAAGCUGAUUGGAUUGAGCAACAUAGUGAUCAUUCCCCAUUUGUCCUGGUGGACUACUCCACUGUCACUCAGAUCACUUCACCUAAACAUCAUUCAGGUCCAGGAGAAGCUGCUGAUACUCAAGUGCCGUGUGACCUAUCAUUAUCCCCAAGUCUUGUUGACAAUCCUGUUUUGAAAGAUAAUGCCACUGAAAGUGAAAGUGGUCAUGACAAUGAGAGCAAUGGAAAUGCAGUGGGAAGAACUACAGAAACCAUGUCCUUAAGCUCCAGCUCUGGGGGGGAUAGAGACACGCUGAAAUAUAGCCCCGACAGCCUUCGCCCAGGUAGUCUAGACGAACUCCGAUCCAAUUCAGAUGGAGAUUCAUCCUCAGGCCUAGAAAUGGAUUACAUCAUUGUGUCUGGCACAGUAAAAGAAGCUGAGAGAGAAUGGCAUGAUAGGCCUAAACAGUGUGUCAGUCAAUCAAAAGGUACAAGAAAGUCCAUGGAGACUCAUGUGAUUCACACAUUCAAUGAGGACUUCUAUGGAGAGAUUCUCAAUGUGGUCAUGGUGGGCUACAUUCGUCCAGAGAGGAGCUACGACUCACUUGAAGCGCUAAUUGCAGCCAUAAACAACGACAUUGAGGAAUCCAAGCUCAAGCUGGAGCUCCCGGAGCAUCUCAAACUAAAAGAAGACAACUUCUUCACCAGCGUUACCAGCCUGUCGUCAGCACCGCCCCCCACGACCGCAUCCACAUCACAGACUAUUAUGAACGGUCACUAACAGCUGCCUAUGACUGUACCACUUUGUGCACACACACACGUUCAUCACACACCCCAGAACAACACAAUGGUUUCUAUUGACACACAGAUGUUUGCACUCAUUAACAUGCACAGCCUCAUACUGAGAUCUCUAAGCUGUCACCAUGACUGAACAUAAUGGUAAACAACCAACAUUCUUUUUUUUUUUAUUAUUGUAUUUUUCUUUCACUUCCUCCAUGUGUCUCAACUAUUUAAGUUCCUGUUUGUGUUUAUUGCACACAACCAGUUAGAUGUUUAUUUGUAUACAUCCACACCAGAUGGCCUCAUAUGCACAACUGUGUAUGAAUCUCUUGCUCCCACUGGUCCUGCUGUAUAUUUGGAAUCUUUUAUGUGAGAAGGUACCUAAUGAGGUCACUUUAUUUUGAUCUGUAAAUACCAAAAGACACUAAUGGCCUGUAGUCCCGACUCUCGUCUCUCACUGGUUAAAGACACACAUACGAUACAUGUUAUUUCAAAUGUUGGGCAUUAUUAUCCAUUAAAAAAAAGAACUGGUCGUACUGUUGGAUGACUUUAUGCAACAAUGUGGCUAAAUGCAAUGAAUAAGUGGAGAUUAAAUUAUAACCUCUUUUAACUUUCUUCAUGAGAAAACGAUUUCCCUUCCAGUGGGGCACUCAUUACCACUGCCCUAAAAAUACGAAUGACCCAAUUACACUGGAAUUAAAUUUUGAUUUGGGGUUUUUGAUGCAUUAUGCAGGAAGAAUAUCGUAUUGCUAUGGUUAUUUGAUAACUAGCAAAAGUGAUUAUUGUUUAAUGGAGAUGAAGUGUUGGCUUUAGCUUGGCUGAUGCUCUGACCUACAGUCCGUCAGUCACAGGUUGUUUGUGUGUGUGGUAAAACAUUGAUAGAUGAUAUGGGAUAACGUAUAGGGUCACAGUACCCUGCUCUGAUCUGUACAAAGUGUAACAGUCACACAAAUGCACAUUAUAUUCUUGAUAUAUAUAUAUAUUACAGUUUUACCCUUUUUCCAUUUGAAUCUUUUAUGUCAACAGAGACGUUGGAAAACAGUUUGGUCUGACGGGGGUCUGUGGGUGUGAACAACUGUUAAAAAAUAACUCGAAACAUUCUAACAUACAACUACAAUCUGUGUGUACAAUUCUUUGAUCCCCUGUAAAUAUAUGUUUUAAAUGAAGUAGUCAUGUGACUGGGUUUAAAAUCCGUAUUGCAUUUGUGUUAUUUAGGGAGACAUGACUGAAAUGUAUGAACGUGGACAUUCAUCAUGCCACAGUACCUAUGUUAAUUUCCAAACAAGAGUUUAGCUGUUUUUCCCUCUAUUAUUACUCUGGUAGUUUGUGUUUGUUGCUUUUCUCAGUUUAGUUUCUUUACUGACAGGGAAUGACAGAAUCAACACAGGAAGCAGUACUUUCAUCAUGUUGACAACUGUCUGCUGUGUAAAGCUUUCGUACAUAAUGAAUGCUACAUUAUUACCCAUAAAUUCAUCCUCUAAAGCACUUAAUGUACAGAAUAAACUUCAGUGAAACUGUCAA